CACCUGCUUCGACGAAUCAACCCUUUGACGGGAUCGCAUCAUAAAUACCCCGCCAUUUUACCCCGCUAUCCCAGAAGUACGCAAGAUGGCAGCUCAAGCUCUCAUCGAAUCGGUUCUACAAAAUUGGCCUGCUGUACUGGGAAUUGCGAUCACGGCAUACCUAAUCAGCAAUCGAUUCAACCGUGGCCUAAACAGAUAUCCGGGCCCGUUUCUAGCUUCCUUGACAGACUGGUGGAGAUUCUGGGUUGUCUACAAACGGAGACCUGAGGUCGAGCACAUCAGACUGCACGAAAAACAUGGCGACGUCGUGCGAUUGGGGCCAAACGCCCUCUCCUUCUCAGACCCAAAGGCAUUGAAAACGAUAUACGGAUUGAAUAAAGGAUUCACAAAAACCGAAUUCUAUCCCGUCCAACAAGCUGUAGCAUCCGGGCACCGUCUCCCCUCACUCUUCAGCACCACCUCUGAAGCAUUCCACGCUCAACUCAGGCGGAGUGUCAACAGCGCCUUCUCCAUGACUACUCUCAUCCAAUACGAGCCUUUCGUCGACUCCACAACCGAGCUUUUCCUCUCGCAAACCGAGAAACUUUAUGCCAAGACGGGCACCGCGUGUAACUUCUCGCGCUGGCUGCAGUUCUACGCUUUUGAUGUUAUAGGCGAAAUGACAUAUAGCAAACGACAUGGAUUUCUAGAGGAGAACAGGGAUAUUGAUGGGAUUAUUGAUUAUGUCGCUAACUUGUUCGAUUAUGCUGCUCCAAUCGGCCAAAUCCCCUUCCUCGACCUCCUAUUCCUCAAAAACCCCAUCUGGCUCCUCCUCGGAAAAUAUGGGCUAGUAGAUGGCACCUUCCCCGUCGCCAAAUUCGCCCGCGCCCGCAUGCUCGAACGCUACCCCACCUCCUCCGACCCGAAAUCCGCCACCAUCCUCCCAUCCACGGAGCCCACCGCCGAAUCCAAGAAACCUGACUUGUUGUCAAAAUUCGUACAAGCAAAGUACGAUCGCGCGGAAUUCAUGAACGAUAGUCUCGUCAUGACGAUGGCUAUCUCUAUGGCCUUCGCGGGCAGCGAAACGACGGCGAUUUCUUUGUCGAGCGUGUUUUAUUAUUUAUUGAAGAAUCCGAGGUGUAUGGAGGAAGUAUACCGGGAACUGGAUUCUAAGGCCAAGGAAGGCUUUUUCGGGGAUUAUGAGAACGGGUUGGUGACAUGGACAGAGAGUCAGAAAUUGCCAUAUCUCGAUGCUUGCAUCAAAGAAGCAUUCCGACUUCAUCCCGCUCCUGGACUCACAUUGGAAAGAAUUGUGCCACCGCAAGGAGCGGAUAUCGCGGGCCAUUUUGUAAAGGGAGGCACGAUUGUGGGGUGCAGUGCGUGGGUUAUGCAUCGACGGAAAGAGAUCUUCGGGGAGGAUGUUGAGGUUUAUAGGCCCGAGCGAUGGCUUGUCGACGAAUUGAAAGACAAGAAUGCGGAAGAGAAGCGGAUCAAAGAGAUGACAGGGACAAUGUUGCAGUUUGGAGCUGGAGCUAGGACGUGUAUUGGGAAGAAUAUUAGCUUGUUGGAGAUGUAUAAGGUGGUUCCCAGUUUGUUGAGGAGGUUUGAGAUCCGCCUCGAAGACCCAACGAAAGAAUGGACUAUCCACAAUGCAUGGUUCGUCCGCCAGCUAAACUUCAACACCACGUUCCACCGCCGAGAACUCGUCAAACCCUCUGCAUAGUUUGAGCCCCCAUCAGCAUUUGGGUUUCACUAUCUUUACCC